GGACAUGGUGUCUGUGCUGUCUGGGUCAAAGGGUAUCAGAGGGAAACGGAGGGGUGUGGUGCAGAGGGGACAGGAAUAGAUUUAGCCAAGAGCCCUGUAAGUCUAGGAGCCCUGAGCCUCAGCUCAGACCCUCAGUCCUCUGGAGUCUGCUCGAAUACCAGCCAUGCUCGCCGCCGCGGGCUCCCUGGUGGCCGCCAUCUGGGCAGCGCUCCAUGUCCGGACUGUGCUGCUGGCUGCUGUCGUCUUCUUGUUUCUGUCUGACUACUUCAGAAGCCGGCGCCCCAAGAACUUCCCUCCAGGGCCGCGAUGCCUGCCCUUCGUGGGCAACAUAUUCCAGAUGAACUUUAAGCAGCCCCACCUGGCGGUCCAACAGCUUGUGAAGAAGUAUGGGAAUGUUAUCAGUCUGGAUUUUGGAAUCAUGUCUUCAGUGAUUAUAAGUAGCCUGCCCUUAAUCAAAGAAGCCUUUACUAACCUGGAUGAAAACUUUAUGAGUCGCCCUAUAUUUCCUUUACAAAAACAUAUCUUUAAUGAAAAUGGGUUGAUCUUCUCCAGAGGCCAGACAUGGAAGGAACAAAGAAGGUUUGCCCUGAUGACACUGAGGAACUUUGGACUGGGAAAGAAGAGCUUAGAACAGCGCAUGCAGGAGGAGUCCCGACACCUUGUGGAGGCCAUAGAAGAGGAGGGAGGACAACCUUUUGACCCUCACUUCAAGAUCAACAAUGCUGUUUCCAAUAUCAUUUGUUCCAUCACUUUUGGUGAACGCUUUGAGUACCAUGACCGUCAGUUUCAGAAGCUGCUGAGGUUACUGGAUGAGGCCAUGUGUUUGGGUACCUCACUGAUGGUCCAUUUCUAUAACAUCUUCCCACGGAUAAUGAAACAUCUUCCUGGACGACACCAAAGAAUAAUAGCUACCUGGGGAAAACUGAAAUCACAUAUUUCUGAUAUAGUUGACAAUCACCGAAAAGACUGGAACCCAGAUGAGCCGAGAGACUUCAUUGAUGCUUUCCUCAAGGAAAUGACAAAGUACCCAGACAAGACUACUACAAGUUUCAAUGAAGAAAGCCUCAUCUGCAGCACCCUGGACCUAUUCCUUGCUGGAACAGAGACAACAUCCACAACCCUGCGCUGGGCUCUGCUCUACAUGGCCCUCAACCCAGAAGUCCAAGAAAAAGUACAGGCUGAAAUUGACAGAGUGAUUGGCCAGGAGAAGCAGCCCAGCCUGGCUGACCGGGACUCCAUGCCCUACACCAAUGCUGUUGUCCAUGAGGUGCUGAGAAUGGGAAAUAUCAUCCCUCUAAAUGUUCCCAGGGAAGUGACAGUUGACACUACAUUGGCUGGAUUCCACCUGCCAAAGGGUACCUUAGUCCAAACCAACUUGACUGCACUGCACAUGGACCCCAAAGAAUGGGCCACCCCAGACAUCUUCAAUCCAGAGCACUUUUUGGAGAAUGGACAGUUUAAGAAGAGAGAAUCUUUCCUGCCUUUCUCAAUGGGAAAGCGAGCUUGCCCCGGAGAACAACUGGCCAGGUCUGAGCUCUUUAUUUUCUUCACUGCUCUUGUGCAAAAGUUUACCUUCAAGCCUCCAGUCAAUGAGCAGCUGAGCCUGAAGUUCAGAGUGGGUAUCACCAUUUCCCCAGUCAGCUACUGCCUCUGUGCUGUCCCCAGACUGUGAUGCCAGACAAAGAAAAAAGAAAGAGGAGCAGGAAGAACUGAGGAAUGUGCUGAGCCACUGGGGCCACUCAUAUGUAAAGAGAGAGAAGGAAGGUGAUUGGGAAAAGAUGGGAGGAAUUAGAAUAAAGUUAUUGGAUCCAUAUGCUAGACUGCUGUGAUCUCCAAAUUGAUGGUAGGUAAAUCACUUACAAAUCUUUUCAUCUAAAAGUGUAACAAGAAUGAUGGUUCCUCCUGUAAAGAAAGUGCCAUAUGGCAGGAAAGGAAGUCAUAUUAGUAACAGCAUCUCAAAAAGUGAAUCUUCCUUCAAUACUCUGCUACAAAGAGACAUGUGGGUGUGCUACAGUGAACAAUGAAAAUCAGACAGGACUUUGAGUGAUUUAAGCAGAGAAAAAGAAGGACACAAAAUACCCUGAGUCUUAAGGAGGUCUGGCUAGAAAAAGCUGGCCUGCAUGUAUUGGAGCUGGUGUGGAGGAGAGAUGUUCAAGAUAUAUAUGAGGCAAUAUCUGGCUUAAUAACUAAGUGGCAAAGGUGGCUUCCUGGGAUAGGAAGCAGCUUAGUCAGAACAGAAAGGAACAGAAUGUCCAGUCUUUGUCCCCUUGUCCAACCCCAAGCCUGCUGAUCCCACUACUGUGCUAAGUAUCAAUGGAAAAAUUGGAAAAAUAUUAGGAACUAGGGCUUGAGGACAGCAAAUGGCUCAUGUGACUUCAUAAAGCCAUUUAAACCUA